GUUGUGGGAGUGGCGCCGAGAAAGAGUCGAAGAUUGUAAACCACGUAAAGCCAACCCUGCAAGAAGCUGUACAAAGAGAUUCAGUGGAUGUGUUGGAGCUCGAGCCUAGGACCAUAACACCCCUCCGCCCACAUUCUACUGCAGUACAGAGUGUCAAAGGAAUGGCUGGGACAAGCACAAAAUUGAAUGCAAGUCGUUACAGGCUCGCAAGCAUCUGUCAAGAGCUGCCCCACUGCUCCAGGCAAUCCUUUAUAAAGUUCGCCUCGCUCAUGGGUUUCGAUUCGCAACUGCGCGCAUUGUAGGAUCUGAAGACUUUCUCUAGGGCUAUCGCGAAGACAAACCGAGACCCGACAAAUGCCCUAGUGCCGUCCUCCAUUGACAGCAGGGUUUUGAUGCGGCACGCAUGUUCAGCGCAUGUUAGAAAGCUAUGCUACAUCUUCAUUUCUUUGUUGAAGUGAUCUUGUCAGGCCUUUACUCAGGGGUCAAGAAAGUUGCGAUAAAGGUCAAGAAUCCAGAGCCCUCCGUUCGCACAUGUGGCGCGAAUUUAUAAGCAAGAGCCCAACCCUAAUGAGUCUAUCGUGUCACGCUGAGCAGAGAGGUAUGGGCGCUGACCUUUCCGAAACCCACAUUGGAUUUUUGAAGUCUCCCUACACCUGUCAUGGGGCCAGAAAACAUCGACUGGGCAAAAUCUACGAGGGAUUGAACCUUGGCGAGAACGCGGUCUGAUGCUUGCAGAGUCCCUUCAACCCAAGGAGGUCGAUCGCCAUUGCGUGGAUGGAAAUGUUCGACUUGACUACAGGGCUUGAGGGGAAGAUUCCUAUACUCGCAAAAUUAUAUGGUGGGAAGUUGAAACACGUCUUGAAAGGCCCCGAUGCAGCGUUUACAAAAGCCAAGGACGAGUUCCUGGGUCAUUUCGAGGCCUGUGUCAAUAUUUUUAUGGAGGAAUCGUAUGCACCUGACGAGGUUAGCAAGAGAGAAGAGGUGGUUCAGAAUCGUCGCGUGUGGGUCUACUAAAUUGUCAAAUGGGGCGUUAAUGGUUUCUUGGUUCUGAGGAAGUUUGUUGUCAAUAUGAAAGACUAUUGAGUCAAUGAUACUUUGUGCUAUAUACGGAAAGUCAAUCGGUUUCUGGUGAUCUACUUUUGAGCGAGACCGAGUUCAGGCGAAGCAUGAGGAUAUGGUGAGGUAUAACGCCAUAGGAUAUCCAUUGUAGUCUCACUUCCUCUUCUUA